AUGUUGGCGGCGUUGAACUUUUACGAUAUUUUAUUGAUGGCGGUGCUGGAGGUGGCGGCGGAUGGUUGGCUGGAGAACAUGGAGGCCUUGAGGUGUAGUUUCUCUUCCUUUGGAGGCACUUCUGCUGCAGCAUCAUUAAUCAUGCGCGCGCUCCCUGCCAGCGCGAAAGAUACGAAGAAGCUUCGCACUCUCCCAAAAGAGAUCCUAGAUACGUUGAUUUUGGAAGCAGUUGCGCGAACUAACGAGUACUUCUUCUUUUCCUUACUUUGUGAACGCAAGAAUCUUAACGAAGAUGAGAGUAAGAUAUCACAAGGAUUACCACGGACCCUUUUUUAAUCAUUCAGCCUCAAGAACCCCUUUUUCUGCAUGAGAUUGUAGCUGCCUUCUCUAUCACUGGACACUGUGUACGUCCGACGAAAAUCCUUACUCUCAGGAUUCAAGAUAUGCUGGUCAGCUGGACGGCGGAUGAUGAGAAGGUGGCUAUCAUGGGGAAGGUACUGUUUGACACAACGCAAAACUCGGAAAGCGUGUUCUACGGGAACACGAGCCUCCAAGAGCUGCUCACGACUAGAACUAAAUCUACUUAUGAUGGCGAGACAGGGAAGGUAUACGCAUACGCGGGCGACACGGAUGGUUCUGAUUCGUUAUCGCAGAGGUUGUCGAAGUUCUGCAAAAAGUAA